CCUGUGGAGGACCCUAGGAGUCGUAGUCCCUUCCCCCGAGGCAUGCUGGGAAUUGUAGUUCUACCCAGCGGCUCCCUCACACUGGGGCAUCAUGGGAGUUGUAGUCUUGCUCCCGAAGCAUGAUGGGAGCUGUAGGCCUUACCAGGUGUUUCAUGGGAAUUGUAGUUUGUUAAUGAGCCAUGUUGGGCCAGAUGACAGUGCUAGAGAUGUCCAGCAUGCACAACAUGGGGCCUAGAUGCAUAUUAUCUUUGGGGACCAGUGUUGUGUUGGGUGCCACUCACUGACCACCCCACCCCAGCUCCCCUCCAUACACAGUGCAGCCGGGACUUAUGGAGCAAAAACAGCCAUUGCCCCUGCACAAGCUCUGUUCCUCCUCCUCCUCAGAUGGAGCCAGAAACAGAUGCUCAGGAAGAAAAACAACACUGGAAAAACACAGCGAGACGAUCCACUCAAAGCCCACGAGAGGAUAACUUCGAAGGCCCUUCCUCUUCUUUUAAGAAGCUAUGUCCUGCCAAACCCUCCCCCAGCUUUCUUGAGCUUCCAUCUUCCCAACGGAGGCCCAGCCCAGGUCUACCCUGUGCCCAGGCUGCCAGGAAAGGACAGAAAAAAUUCACCCCUGAUCAUCAGCCACAGGAUUGUUACGGCCUACUGGAGUGCAUGCACAACAACAUCCAGAUCCAAACCCAGAUCGCUCUGGCACAAUUGAGCAUCCUGGAAGGCUUGCAGGAAUCCAUGAACUUGCUUCUGGCUAGCGACGAGGAGAAGGGGAAGGAGCAGAGAGACCCGGAGGGCCUGCAAAACUCAGCCUCCUCUCCCACCUAACAUAUCCAUAGGUUUGGUGACUAGCUUUGAUUCCCAUAGUCUCAUCCCUGCGGCCUCGUCUCCUUUGUGUUCACUCUGGCGCUGGCUAUCAAGUGUAUAGCUACAGGAUUGGGGUUUGUGUUACCAUGACAACUGAUAGGGCUCUUGGAAGUAAAACUAUUGUAAAUACUUUCA